ACCCCCCAGCCCGGCGGCCCGGGCGGCGAGGCGAGGGCUGGGCAGUGGGUGUUGCCUUCUACCUCUGCGAGCGGGGAGGGGUUAGUUUCCCACAGGGGAUUUCAACCAUCACACUCAGAGCCCGCCUCCUAAUCCUCGGGCGGAGCGGCUCGAGGGCCCCAUUUUAUGGCAAUAAAGCGACUUAGCGCCUGCUGAGCGAGCCCCUCCCUGCCGCCGCCCCCGCCCUCGGCCCCACCCCGGGGCUCGCCCGCAGCGGCGGGGCUUUGUUUCUGGGGAGGAGGACCCGGAGCUCUUUUGUUUGGGGGUUUGGUGUUUUCACCCCCCUACCUCACCCUACCCCACCCCACCCCACCCCCCGUGCCUCUCCGGUUUCCUGAGCUGCGGGCUGCAAGGGAGGAGAAGCGGCGUCUUGCAACCCCCUCGGCUGGGCCCCGGGGUAAUUCGAUGCGGGCCUGGCGAGGCUCCCCACGCUAGACCGGGGCUCGCGUCUCGGCAGCCUCCACCCACCGGCCCACCCUACAUUUAGCGCAUCAUGUGAUCCGGGAUCAAUGUGACUCUAGAAACAAAUGGAUGAAUGAAUAUCCAUAUGAAGAGGAAAACAGUAAAGAAUAUCAACUCCUUUGAGAACAGAAUGUUAAUGCUUGAUGGGAUGCCGGCAGUCAGAGUCAAAACAGAGCUUUUGGAAUCUGAACAAGGGUCUCCAAACGUCCACAACUACCCCGAUAUGGAAGCUGUUCCCUUGUUGCUAAAUAAUGUGAAAGGGGAGCCCCCGGAGGACUCAUUAUCUGUAGAUCACUUCCAAACACAAACUGAGCCAGUGGACUUGUCAAUCAACAAAGCCAGGACAUCCCCCACAGCCGUUUCAUCCUCCCCAGUUUCCAUGACAGCGUCUGCCUCCUCACCUUCUUCAACUUCAACCUCUUCAUCGUCUUCUAGUCGUCCAGCCUCAUCCCCAACUGUUAUAACAUCAGUAUCUUCAGCAUCAUCCUCGUCAACAGUAUUAACUCCAGGGCCCCUUGUUGCCUCUGCAUCUGGUGUGGGAGGCCAGCAGUUUUUGCACAUUAUCCAUCCUGUACCGCCUUCAAGUCCCAUGAAUUUACAGUCUAACAAACUGAGUCAUGUUCACCGCAUCCCCGUGGUGGUACAGUCGGUGCCUGUUGUCUACACAGCUGUGCGGUCACCUGGAAAUGUGAACAACACUAUUGUAGUGCCGCUUUUGGAGGAUGGGAGAAGCCAUGGCAAAGCACAAAUGGACCCUCGAGGCCUAUCUCCCAGACAAAGUAAAAGUGACAGUGAUGAUGAUGACCUGCCAAAUGUGACCUUAGAUAGCGUUAAUGAAACUGGAUCUACGGCCCUUUCCAUAGCCAGAGCAGUACAAGAGGUACAUCCGUCCCCAGUGUCAAGGGUCCGGGGAAAUCGAAUGAAUAAUCAGAAGUUUGCUUGUUCAAUUUCACCAUUUAGUAUUGAGAGCACAAGACGCCAGAGACGGUCUGAAUCCCCAGACUCCAGAAAACGGCGUAUCCACAGAUGUGAUUUUGAGGGAUGCAACAAAGUGUACACAAAAAGUUCUCACCUGAAGGCUCAUCGAAGGACACAUACAGGAGAGAAGCCCUACAAGUGUACCUGGGAAGGCUGCACCUGGAAGUUCGCUCGUUCAGAUGAACUGACAAGGCAUUACCGCAAACACACGGGAGUAAAGCCAUUCAAGUGCGCGGACUGCGAUCGUAGCUUUUCCCGGUCAGACCACUUGGCACUGCACCGCCGGAGGCAUAUGCUGGUGUGAGGAAUGCGACCUGUCCAGCUGAGCGUAAGAGCUGGGUCUCUUUGCAGCACCCAAUUCAGCAGGGCUGAAUCCCCUUCACAGUGUUAACACAAAAGGGCAUCACCAUCCCACGAUGUCUGAAACCAGAGCAGGAAAAAGAAGUAACACUUCUCCUUUCGGUCUGAAGGUAACCCCCAUCGCGACUACACAAGAAACGUCUUCACGCUGGCCUGGGAGAUUGGUGAUACAAAUGCUGAAGAGACAGGCAUUGUUUUCCGUGCUGUGUACUCUGCCAUUUAAAGAUGUUUGUAGCUUGUACAUUUUCUGAGCUGUCAGACAUUUUGUUAUUGAUACUUUAAAGGUCAUCUACCACAAAUUGAUGGCUAGAGCAAGACCUUUUAAAUUUGGAUUAUUCUCCCAUCAUCCUACCCCUUAACCCCUUUUUACAAAAAUUUUAGUUACUAUCUGAGAUAGAACACACAUCCAAUCUGUUACCAGCAAGCAGCAUGACAGUAGAAAAGAAGAAGCUGUUGGAGAGGUUCCAUUACCUGAAAAGAAAGGGGCACUCAGGCAGCCCUUUGCAAUAGUGAUGGCAACAAGUAGAUAUCACCCGCACCUUGUCAUUAUGCCAUGCCCUGAAGAAACCCAACAUUGAAGCUUUCAUUUGUUUGUUGUUGAUUGUUUUUGUUUUGUUUGAUUCUGUUUUGUUCAUCUGUUCGAGCAGAGGGACAGCGACAUUUCAGUUGGAGUCUAGUCCUGGUGUCUGCCCUGGCAUGGACUGGCACAGAGGUGUUCUGUAGUUGAAUAGGAAGAGCCUGUCUAAAAAACUACUGCCCCACUUCAAAUUGCAGUGUUCUGUCACCUAGGCAUCAUCUCUUCCUGCCCCUAGUAUUUGAUUACAAGGAAUCGGGGGAAAAAAACUUUUCUUAGACACACUGGCACCAAGGUAAGAGGUGGGGCUGCCCAGGCAAAGUCAGUGAACAUGAAAAAUCAGACAAAGCAGAGAUGGAAAUAAUGCGCCUCUUGAGGAGAAAAGCAAUAAUGAAUAAAAGGACUUUCCUACAAUAACUUCACUGAGGACUCACGUUACCAAUUUUCAUACUUACUAAAGGGAUUGUGAAAAACACCCCAGCAUUUUAGAUGUCUUGGUUACAUUUACAGCACUGAGGUAAUCUUUCUGCUGUUUGUUGUCCUGCUUGGUUGAGUACCACAAUUAAAGAUUAUGCUCCCCUUUUCUUGUUUGAAAACAGUUAUUUAGUGACUAGAAAGGCCAGAGAGGCAUAGCAGGGAAUUCACUCUUGGGUUAAUGGGUCAGUUCUCCUUGGAAUCGAGUCAGUGGAAAGGGAGUGCUCCCUGAGGAAAGCCUGACAUGGUGCUAGUCUCCUCACUUGGAGAGCCAAGGACAAGUGACUCUCCAAUAGGUUCUUCUUUACAGAUUUCAUUUUCUAAACUGUGUUAGGACCCAGUGGUUCUGCAUUGGCAUCCGCAGGGAUGUUGAACCCACUCAUCCUAUGCUGAGGGUGAGAGGAAGUUAUAGUCCCGUCAACCCCCUAAAUUACAAGCCUUUCUUGCGAUUAGUAAAGUAUACAGUAAACAAAGCAAUACAUCACCAACAAGCAUUCUUUCUGAAAAAUUAUCUUAUUUUUUUCCCCACUAAAAGCUGUUUUUUUCAGCUUUAUGUGACUAAGGGGAUUGGCAAGGUCUUAUGUUAUUGUUGUUGUUAAGAUUUUUUAUAGCUUAGAUGUAAAAGGUUGCCAGCAUAGACGUUUGCAAUAUAUUUUAAUUAUAAACACUUGAUUUGGGGAAUUGCACAAAUUAACCUCACAAUAUUACUAGCUCAUUUUUAAAUGUUUGAACAUUCUGAAAUAAUUCCUGGUUGCAGAAUUAUCCUUUUUAGGAUCAUCUUCUAAUUCAGAUAAUCUUAUUCUGAUGAAGCAAGAACUAUAAACAGUGAAAUAAGGACAAUUAUGUUGGAUGGUAUUAAAAGGAAUUUUUUUUAAUGUUCAAGCAACAGCAUAAUGAUUUUCAGGUCAAAUUCUGUCUUCAAAACUAUGUGCUCUACAUUUUCUGCCAGGUCUGAAAAAUUCAUCAGGCAAUUUUCCUCCAACAAGGGCUGCAAUUCUAUUGAUAAAUAGCUUCUUUAGCUACACAAUCUACUACCCACCAAGCACUGGGGUUUUUUUACCAACUGGAAAGUUUUUUAUCUGUACUGUAUGCAACUCCUACUUCUCAUUGCCUGUGACCAGUUUGGAUAGAAAGAGCUUUCUUGGUGCAUGCCAGCGUUGGUUACCAGUCAGUGGCAAAGAACUCAGAGAGUGGCGAACACAACCCUGAAGCCCUUUCUGCUAGUCCUGGAACCUGCUUGGCAGGUAGUAAGUGAAUCGCUCAGGUGAAGUGUGGACUUGAUUUAAUUCUGCCUGCUCUCACAAGAAGGCCGGUUCUUUUCUCUGCUGAGACAUGUCUCGAGAGUGUUACAGGUAGGAAUUUUUUUAGAAUUCACAGAACUGACAGGCAGUGGGUGCUUCCUGAGUGACAGCUUGAUUCAAAUUUAGCACAGAACUAAAUGAGCUGCUCCUCUCUAAUAACACAGGAAAGAUUCAGGGAAGUGAGCUUUCCUCCUCACCCUCUGAAAGUGGAAACCAGACUGAGACGGUAAGUUCACUGAUAAACCUGUCAGCAUUACGCCAUUUCCCCCUUUUGACGUAUCAGUACUUCUAAGGAGGGAUCCAAGCACAAGCAGUGAAUGAGUUGCUGACCUCGCCCCAGGGCUGACACUUAUUUGGGGUUUGUCUUGGGACAUAGGAGAUUCUGCAUUUUCUACAAAUGUUUCCCCAUGGAAAGGAAAGUGGUUUGGGAGAGAAGGAAUUGGAUUUUUAGGUAGGAAUAUCUUCAGGCAUGAGAAAGCCUCCUCCAUUUCGUCUUAUGUCCAUUCUAGCCUCUUUGAAAAAGCACAGUAGAUGACGAACAACAGAAAAGGAGUAGAAUCCAAACGGCUUGUCAGUUGUUCCCUAACUGGAAGCAUUCUUUGGUUUUAAAUUUGAAGCUGCUCAGUUUGCAGCUGGAUGUGCGUGCAUGUUUGGGAACUUAUACACAGGUGGCUAUGCUGGCUUGAGAAGCUGCAGUAGACCUGUCUCUUUGCAUUGUCGAGAUUGAUUUCAAGGAAGUUAAUGUUAUUUGAAAAGUUAUGAGGUUCAGACUUUGAGGUUUUAAUAGAUUCCCUCUUCAAAUUCUUCUAAUCUUAAGUUGUUUGGGAAAAGAGUCACGCUUCCCCCUCCAUCUCCAGCCCCAUCCUGUCGAUUGUGUGUGGACUCUGAGAAACCUGCUUGAUGAUUUGUCUUAAGUUCUAUUAAGGCAUUUAGACUGAAAUUCCUAAUGGCUUCACCAUAAAGAUUAUACUAUUGCCUGGCAUUACUUUUCACAAAACACUAUGGGACAUUUAUUUUCAAAAGCAGUUGAAUAACAGUAACAUGAACCACGUUGUUUUUUUUUUUUUAAGAAAAAGAGCACUUUUUAUUCACUUUGAAGUUUAAGUGCAAAAUAGGACGAGGAUUGUCUGGGGGAGGGGAAGUUAAAAAUGCCACAGUGUUUACAAAUGCCAGUUCUGGGUGAUUAGAAAGGCCAUUCUCAUGAUAGUUGAAAUUUGGAAUAGCUUAUACAAAGAUUGUGUUCAUUUUUAUACAACUUUUUUUAACUUCAAAUUGUUAUUUGUGUUUUAAACAUAAAUAUAAUUCUGCACUUUGAAAUCAGUUCAUUAGAAUGACAACAUGUAUAUGGAUAAAGAUGCAGUAUUCCUUUUCUGUACUUUAUUAUACUUACCAAAGCUGCAAUUGAAUAAAUCUGGUGAGGUGAGGCCUUCAAAUGUAUUAAUACGCCUUUGUUACGUUGUUAUGACUGCUUAGCAGCGUAGCCAUGAUGUUGUUAUAAAGGUGUCUUAACAUUUAUAGUAAGGGUUGACAGAAUUUAAGCAGUGUUAAGAAUACCAGCAUCCAUGAUAUGUUGAGUUAUAGCCUUCGGAUAAGGGACUGAACGUGACAUAAUUCUUAUGACUCGUAAUAGGCCCAGGAAGCCUUAAUACUCAUGUUCCACGAUCUAGUCUCAGAUUUUGCUCUUUACUGAUGCCUGUAAAUUUAGGAGGUAAACGUGGUCUACAGCUUCAUUGACCAAAUCUCUUCCUUCAGUUUUUCUGAGGUAGUACAUCUCAUUAAAAAAAUCUUUCAGUUUGAUUUGGUUUUGUUUAGAAAAGGGAUUUGGUAAGUCAUAUCUUUCAUGUCACAUUUCUACUUAUCCCACACUGCCUUCCACUUACCUGUACAGGCACCCCCAACACAUGCACACCUGUAUACACACCUGCAUAUGCAGCAGCCAGUGGGCUAAUCAAUAUCAACAAAGAACUUUUUUAAAAGAGUGAAUUUGUAAUAAUCCAUGCUGUGUAGAAAUGUAAGUUAUUUAUCUUAGGGAAUCAGCUUAUAAUGCUAUAUAUGACUUUGCUUGCAUUUUAUAGUUAAGAAGUGUACAUAAAAAAUUUAAAAUGCUAUAUUUUCUCAGUUUCAUUAUAGAGUAAUGUGUGUUUAGUAACCCAUGUCCAUUGGUACUUUAAAUAUGCUAAAUACUGUGCAAUUGCAAUAGAAAUUCAGAUUUUCAUAAGAAAAUGAAAUAGGAGGAUACUGCAUCUUUAAAAAAUAGAGGGAAGAUAUUUUAUUGUAUUCGUAACGUGAUAGUGGAAAAAGUAUUUUCAAACUCACAAAUUUUACAGAGGUUGUAAAUAGUUUGAUGAAGUAUGUUGGGAAAAAGAGCUUCUAGUUUUCAUCACAAUAAAAAAAAAAAAACUUGUUCGGAUAUGCCUUGUAUAUCUUACACACAAUUAGUGAUAUUGCCAUGGGAACUCUGUUCCACUUUGUCAGAGCACAUUCCUUGUGCUCUGACAAAAUGGAGUGGCCACUUGUCUCAAUUUAGCCAGGAUGGUUUAAAACACAAUGAAGUCAUUUUAAGUUACAGACAACUGAUUCCAAACUCAAAAUGUCUUUGUCUAAAAAGGGGAAAACAGCUGCACAGGAUUUUACUUGUGGUAAAGAGAAGCAUCUAGCAACGGUUCUCUUUUCUCAGUCAUCUUCCUCCUCAACGAAGUAGUUCUUGAUCAAAAAAACUAUACAGGUGUUUAUUCUUGUUGAAUUCCAGAGGGAAUACUUUUAGCAGUAGCUACAUGUUAACAAGAUUAAGUGCUAUGGAUAUGGCCACAUGUUAAGUGAAUCUAUACUGGCAAUAGGAAUAAGCUAAUGCCCAUUUUCAGAAAUGAAUUAAAAGCUGAAAGUGCCUGUCAAUAAAGAUUAUGACCAAUGAGAUACUCCUCUACUUUUCCACAGCAAUAAUUCUUCAUCAGACUGGGUUUUUCCUCCACACUUGGGAAACACGCUCUUAGAGUAAAUACAUGCAUGUAGCAAAUUGAAUCUGUGCACACUCCCUCAAAAAUUCUUUUGUGUCUUAUUAAAUAUACCUAAUCUUGUUUACGUUAGCAUUUCCUAAUUUAAUCAUUCUUCUAGAAUGUAAGAAUGCAAAUCUGAACAUUAAGGUUAUCUUCAGUGUACACUAAUGGCGUAUGGCGAUUAUAAUUUUGAGAUAAAAACUUCACUGUGAUUUGCCCCAAACUUAAUGAAGCACUGUGUGUGGCUCAGAAAGUUUUGCUCAGUUAACAAAGGCCAAUUUAUUUAGAGCAAAACACUAGAAAUACUUGUUUGUUUUACCUUAUUUUAUCCGUGAAUACCAAAUGCACAAAUCCAUCUUUGCAUUUCUUCAUUUCCUUUUUCCCUAAUUUUGAAAUGAAUAUUGGCACAUCAUUUCUCCCUAAACAGUCUACUGAAGUACAGCUGACACUUAGUAAGCCUAGCCUUUAACCAGGGUUUGCAGUUAGUCCUGGAAAUUACCAGAUUUACAUUCAGAACUUCACACAUUUUUGCUAUAAUUAUUUUACUGCUAAAAGUGGAGUCAUGAAUAGAAAUAUACAGUGAGAUUAUAUGAAUAGUCAAGAGCCCUGGAAAUUCUCCACCCCUACCAUCUCAGAGCACACAUCCACCCAAACAAGCUAUUGAGGGCUAUCAGUAAAAUUAUACUCUUUCUGAGCCAAACAUUUGGUAAGAGCAAUUUAGAAAGUAUGACUGUGAUUAAAUACUCAGGCUUUAGACAGUGAAGACUACCAUGAUGGACAGUGUUCUCCAGAAGCAGACCACAGGCCUAGAAAACCAUCUACCAUUUCCUCUUCCAAGUUUCAGAAAGAAGGAAAAGGAGAAAGAAAUGUGCCAGGAUAAGGGUGUAAAAUAAUUAAGUGUCAAAGAAAAGCUGGUGAGUUCCUUAAACUCACUGAAGUCAAGUCUUCUGACUGGACUGCUUUCUGCAAGUUGUCUGAGAGUACUAAAAGAACUUGAAAGGUCAAAAAUUCAGCAAACCAUGAAAAUAAUAACUAUUCUUUAUUAAACACUUACUGUGUGCCAAGCACUGUACUUGGUAAUUUUUAGACACAUUAUUUAUAAUCUGUACAACAGUUCUGCAUUUUGUGCAUGGGAAACUGAGGCACGAAUUGGGUGGCAGAGUUGUCCACAAACAAAAAUAGUGAACGGUGGAGUGGGAAUGUGAAGUUACCUAUCUCUGGCUCUGAAACCUGUAUUUCCACCACACCACACUGCACGUGUGUUCCCAGCAGCCAACUUUCCGUAUUUCUAACUCUUAAGUAGUUCUAUUAUGGAUUUGUAGUCAUCAUAUUUUCCAAGAUAUAUCUACAUGAUAUACCACAUAACUUGACGGUGGUACAUAAUAUUUGAAAUCAGUCUUCUGGAAAGUCAUACACGAAGGAUCAUUAUAAACAAACAGCAACAACCAGGUGUCUUCCUGAACUUGUUGCUUUCCACCUAAAUGUUUGGCCUAGAGAUCCAAAAGCAUCGAAACUCUUCCCUACUUCGUAGCAUUUGAGCCAGAGUGGGUCUUCUCGAUUCUACCUAUUUCUUUGUAGGUAUAGUAAAAAUUUUGCCACCUAUGUGACCUUCUAGAGUCUGCUUAAGUUGCAUUUGAAAUUUUAACCUCCAUGGAACUAGUUGUUAAUAACAGAGCCUACUCCUGGUGGUGGUUAAUGAGGCGGCAAUCACAAACAUUCAGAUGAUGAGCAAGGAGAGAGAACCUGUAAGUCCUUUUCAGACUUCUCACUUAAGAGUACUGCCUUGGAAUGUUUUAAAUAGUCUUAUAAAUAAUUGGUUUAUAGUAUUAUUGUUAUUUUAAUUGAAUUUUGCGUAAAAAGCUGUGCAACAUCAGGGAAAUGAACCUUCCCUCCCCUUUUCUGUGUAGAACAAGGUCUCUGACAGUAUUGAUUCAUGGAAGUACUAAUGGACUCAGAAAACAUUAAGAGAAUGUCAUUUCUCAUGGUGUUUCUUCUUCUGAAAUGAAUCUCCUGAAUUAUGAUCUUUCUCCUUGUUACUUGGCUGAGGGAAGAGAUAAAACCUGUAUAAACAAAUUCUCUUCUUUGCUGAAAGCAAGCGUUCCGUGUGCACGACCCAUUGUGAAAAGGGGCUCUCUUCUCGGUUAAUUGGGUUUCACAAGCAAUAAUUUCUCAACAACAAAACCACAACUUUAGGUGAGUUGAAAAGAAGUGAAUAGUGGAAAUAGUCACAUCAGUAUUUUUUUUCUGAAUUUCAUAUCUAGAAAUUUAAAAUAUUUGAGACAACAGAGUCUGCCCUUUGUGCAAAGCGAGAACCAAUGACUCUUUGUGUGAAUUAUUAUAUCUUGCUUUUUCCAAAGCAGGCUUACCAAGACUUUCACAGGGAUUCAUUUUUGUUGAGAAAUGAGGGUGAAUAGAAGGGUAGAAUUGGGGGCAAAUUCUAGUAAAAGUGCUCAAGUAAUCAAAAAGUAAAGUAUUUUAGGGACAUACCAACAUCUUCCCUUUCUGCUAAUUUCAUGCUCCAAAGAUACAGCAUAAAACAUUAUAGAAAAUGCUUUUGCCCUACUUGUAUUUCUAGUUUUCCCAUAGAAUUUUGUAAUUACAUCCAGACUACAAUAUAUAUUUUGUUCCUCAAACGUUAUUACACUGGAUGGAUAUUGUUGAACUGGGGCACUGGUGCCUAUAUUCAAGGCUCUUUCCUAUCAACUUGUCUGUCCACAAUUUGUUGUGUUUAAAAAUUCAUUUCUAAAAAUCACCAUCCUCCCAUGGAAUGGUGGCUGUAUUGUUUUGUUCAUGUUUAUGUGGGACACAUUGCAUCACAUGGCAAACCAACUCUCCGUGGAUGUGAGAUAACUACUUACAAAACCAGCUUGAAAACAUCGUCUUAUGUAUUAUGUCAUCCUGCAUCAUAAUGCAAUUAUGUGUAUCAUAACAUGCUCAUUUUAAAAAAAGAGAAACCAGCAAAUCCAUGUUUGUCCAUAGAAGAAUGUACUCAGAACUUUGUGUUGUGAAACGAUGAGAACAGACCACCUUUAAGAUACCCACCUGCCACUUAAAAUGACUUAGUUAUAAUUAGUAGUAGUCUAGACAUUGCUCUUGGUGUGUGGGGGUCAAUUCAAAUGUCAUAUUCUUUUGAAUAAAUCUCUCAGUCAUAUUUGAAAAAAUACAUGGGAAUAAAGAAAAAUAUUAUCUUUGGCCAAAUCAAGCAGGCAUCUUUUUCCUUUUCCUUGACACUUAGCUUAUUAUACAUGAUGUUUGGAUCACAAGAUCUGUCUGUGUAAAAAUACAAAAACAUCCUUUAGUUUACAAAACAGUUAUUGUAGGCUUGAAGCCUCUGAACAGCAAAUUGAAAUAGAUGUGCUGCGUCUGAUUCACUUUACAGAUGUAAUUUUACAAAAGCCUCUUGGGUCUCUGACCCCAGAGAGUUAGAGUGCCCAGAGGAGGUCCUACGCAUUAAAGGAGAAAGCCCCCAAUGAUGCUGGCAAGCAAAUGUGUUAAUUUCUUAAAUCUUCAUUUGGUUUUCUGUUCAGAGUUUUAAUUGCAAAUGAAUUUAUUUCUCCAGCUUAUCUAAAGAUCUAAUUUCCCAAUAGUUUCCUCUGCAUUUAUAUACUCUGUAGUGUUUAGGCAACCCCUGUUAUAAGUUUAUUAAUAUUAUGUAAGUGUUGUUCUUGUAUUUAUGUAUAGUGUAUGUAUUGUAAAUAUACUCAGAGCUUUUUUCUUUUACUGUAAAAUGGUGAUUUUUUUUUUUUUUUUUGCCCUAUGAUAAUGUAAAGGGAGACCCUCCUAAUGAGAUUCUCUCAGAGGAUGAUUAUUCCAGUCUAUUCUCAGAUUUAAAUGAACAAGUGUUAUCGUUUUUAAUGGUGUCUCAGACAUAUUCUGUUGGUGCAUUGCUUUUCUGUAUUCAACUUUCCUAUGAAUUGAGCUGUGAACCGAAAUAGAGUUUAAACCUUUAACUGUAUGCAUUUGUAUAAUUAUCUGAAUGAAGGCAUGAAGGUUAAAUAAAGCAUUUUGUAUGGAACAAAACUCCUUAAUUAUUACU